AUGAAAAUGGCUAGUAUAUUUGUCACUACUGGGGCUACUGUUACUUUCAAAAGACUAAUUGAAAUUACUCUUGACUCUAAAUUCAUCUCUCAUGUUCAAAACUUGGGUUAUACAAAAUUGAUUGUUCAAUACGGAUCUCAACCAGAUGGUGAAACAUUAUUUAAAUCAUUAUUGGAAAAAUUGGACAUUAAGUCAUCAUUGGUUGAUAAUUACAUAACUGGUACCACUUUAUAUGGGUUUCAAAUAUCAGGAUUCCCAUUUACUAAUGAUGUUAAAUCAAUAAUGGAAUCUUCAGAUCUUAUAAUUUCUCAUGCUGGUACAGGUUCAAUAUUAGAUUCUUUAAGAUUACAAAAACCUUUAAUCGUGGUAAUAAAUACAAAUUUAAUGAAUAAUCAUCAAUUAGAAAUUGCAAAUGAAUUGGAAAAUUCAAAUCAUUUAAUAAAAUCCUCAAGUGAAAUAUCAGAUUUAUUAAAUAAAAUUGAUAAAAUUCAAAUCACAACUUUAGUAUCAUUACCAAAACCUGAUUUUUCAGUUAUAGAUAAUAUCUUACAAGAAAUAUGA